UGGCCUGAUGAGACUCGUACGUGGUACGAGUUGAAAGCGCUAGCCUAUAAAACUGUGUUCAAUCUUACUCCACUUAUUUAAGUAUUACUAUAUAUAUAUAUAUUACUAUAUAUAUAUAUGACAUGAAACCCGAUGACUUACUCAAUCCCUCUACAGUGACGAUGGAGCACCUGAUACGAAGGUACAACUUCAUGACGGCAGGCCGUGACCAGAGAGUUGACUUCAGCAAUGAACAGAGAAUAAACUCCCACAAGUACGAGGCGGUGGUGAACGAGGAGGAUCUCCUCUGGGCGUUCAGGUUGCUGAGGAAGGGGGUGUGUCGGCCGGAUUUCCCCGGGGAGAGUUCUGAUCAGUUUUAUUUCGCUAAAGAUGUGCUGGAAAAUUUGAUGACUUGGUCAGAGGAUUUGAUGGAAAAUGGGAAGAUGACAUCCUUGUCCCGCAUCCAUGACUUUUGCUUCGACUUCCUCCACGACCUGAUCCAGCAGGGGCCGGGGACGACACACAUGAAGUUGUGGAGCUUGAUGUUUGGCAACCGUGGCUUUGGGUUUAAGGAGUAUUAUCAUAACCUCACAGGAGACAAGCUGAAGAGUCACGUACGGUUUCUGAUGAGGGAGUACAGGAGCCGGGAGCCUGGGCCUGAUAGAGAGAGGUUCGAGAUCACCUUUAGAACAGCCAUCGAUUACAUCGUUGGAAAAGACUGCUUCAAAGAGGAAAUUUUCAAGGAAGCGCAGACAGAGUUCAUAGAAUUGUACAUUUACCUAGAGUUAACGUUCCUGACUCGUUCAAAGGAAGUCCAGGAAAUCCACCACCGCAUUCCACAUAGUCUGUGGUAUAUAUACGGCAGCAACAUCUUCAAGGACAUCGUUGACCCCGAGAUGUACAAACGUUUCCUGGAGCGUCUUGCAGACAUCAUCUGCAACCUCAAUCUCACCACCGAGGAAUCCGAGAAGGUGCUCAAGAGUGUAACUGAUCUUCUUAAGAUGUUGCUGUCAGCCGUCGGCAACACGUUCAUGCUGCACAAAGUUCACGCAGACAUCAUGGACUUUGUGACUGCGAUCUGCACCAGGAAAGCAGGGAGCCCCAUCCACCCCAUUAUAAAGGCUGUUGGAUAUUUCCUGUUCCACACAAAGGAGGAGAAGGACAAGCCUACUAUAACGGGCAACUCUGAGCUGUUCACUGUGAUGACGAGGAAGCUGAUUGAUCUGUUGACCGACCUGGAGGACCACACCCUGAUGAGGGUCAAAUUUGUUGACGCAGCUGUGUAUGAUGUUCUUAUAAAGGCCAUGAACAAAACUCCUGAACACCGUCGGCUGAUGAUAGACCUGAUAAAGGCAUGUCUACGGAUCAACCAGCCGAUGACAGCCAAGGCGGCCUAUAAUUGCGUCAGGGGCGCUGAAAUGUUUCUGAAAUGGAAGGAGCAUGUGAACGAUGCGCGUGAGAUUCUGGACAUCUUGAUGACAGUCCGAGUGUUUGGAGAAGAGAAAGAGAUCAAGGAAUUUGCUGGAUCCUACAAAAACUUUUGCAGUUACUUCGCCGAUCAAUUGAAGAGGGAUCGUAUCAUUCCCCAAAUGGUUGACAAAAUGGUCGAAUUUAGUUUGAAAAUUCUCGAGAGGAGAGAAGGGCGCCUGUUCAAAGCUGGAAGUGAACUUGCAGAUGAAAUAGAGUUCAUCGGAAAGAAAAACAAGGACCUGAUAAUGUCGACAUUUUCCAAUCUGCUGCCCUUCCUGAAAGAUCCAAACUUUCCCUGGAAAGGCAACUGGUUCGGUUAUUCGGGCAGGAUCGUUAGCAAGCUUGCAUCGAGGUCGAUUGAAGCCUUAGAGCCCAAAAGCAUAACUGAAAAGGACAUAAGUGUCAUUGCCUACUUCGUGAUGACGGUGAUGAAGGGAGACUUAAUUGAUGAGGAAACUAACACACCAAGCACAAUCUUCUUCCAGCUGUACUGUUCGGUCGCGACAAAAUUUUUGAGCCUUCUGGACGACCAGGAGAAGAUGCAGCGAGCCAUUCUGGUGGUGAGAGAAAUCGUCAACUUGCUGUCUCACGAAUAUAGCGAAGUUUCUGAUAUAGCCAUGGCCCAGGUCAGCGUCGUUGUGGGGAAUGGGUCAAAGGUCAUGGCACUGUUCUUUCCCAAGCUGAUGGACGUUUACAUGGACACAGAGAAUUCCACAUUGUUAUAUUACCUAAGUCAAAUCUACCCACACUACCCCAAACUUCAAGAUCAACAAUUCAAAACUCUCUUCGAGUUGAUCGACACCCCAGAACGGUCGUCUGUAUUACACUUGUGUACAGAGAUAGCCAAGAAACAACCGAAUUUGUUCACUGAGGACCAUAUUGGUAAGCUGAAUGAGGAGAUGUUCCAAGGUGAUGAAAGGAUGCAGGCAAUGUAUUUGAUGGUCAUGGGCCCACUCUCCAAGAAGAUGCCAAGAAAGCUCAUCCCCCACCUGAAAACCCUGAUGGAAGGCGAUGUUAACUCCCAAUAUGGUGCCAAGUAUCAACUCUUCGUUGUUCUGAAGAAUGUGGCCAUUAUGAGUGACGAUGAGGCUGUGGCAGAGGAAGUGAUGGCAUAUCUAGAGAAGGUCCUUCGAGGUCCUGAAGACGACAUGGUGACUUCCUCCUGUCUCAAUGAGAUGCGUGCUAUAGGUGGUGUAUACCGACCACUGUUGGAGCGUCGUAAACCAGCCAUAGAGGACUUGAGGAAACGAUCUACUGUCCAGACAACAAAGGAUCAGUGUACCUUUAUCUUGGAUGUUCUGGAAGGAAGAAGCCUGGAGUCCCUGGCUGAAGAGAUCAAGGAUGUAAAAGAAGAUGUGGAGGAACUGGACACACGAGUGACAAGGACUGAGGUUGGCCUUGUGCUGCUCAACCAAGGGGUGGGUGAGCAGCGGGAGGAGCUGGAUGGGGUCAAAGUCGAUGUUGAGGCUCAUGGCGAGAAGAUUGGCCAUCUUGAGGAGACAGUGGAUGACACCAAGGCUAAAGUGGAGGAACUCGACGGAAAGACACUCAGUCAUGCUCCCUUCUGGGCAAGAGACGUGGCCAAACUACUCAACCCUGAAGACCUUCUGGACUGGACACUUCUCUCUAGACGUCUUGGCUACACCAAUGAUGACAUCAGGAGCUGGGCGCAGAUGCACGACCCAUGUAUGGCCAUGCUGAAUGAAUGGUACGCCACUCGGAAGACGAGGGAAGCCACAUAUGCUGUGCUGACAGCACUGCAAGAGAUGGACAGAAUGAAUGCUGCUGUCAUAGUGGAGAAUGCAAUGAAGAUGACAGAAGCUGUAGUCGAGGACGAAGAGUUUGAGUACCCGGAGCCUCCAGAGGUGUUCCUCAGCUACCAGUGGGGAAUCCAGAACGAGGUGAAGCUUCUGAAGCAGCACCUGGAGAAGGCGGGCUUCACGUGCUGGAUGGACAUUGGUCAGAUGGGAGGUGGAGACAAGCUGUUCGAGAAGAUUGACCAGGGAAUCAGGGCAGCCAAGAUCAUCAUCUGUUGUGUCACUGGGAAAUAUGCCAAGUCUUCAAACUGCAACAGAGAGGUGAACCUCUCGGUAAGCCUGGGUAAGCCCAUCAUCCCUCUGUUGAUGGAGAAACUAUCAUGGCCUCCACCAGGCUCAAUGGGGCAUAUCUUCAGUGAGUAUCUGUUCAUCCGAUUCUUCACCCGGCCUGGGGAGGAGACUGGUGACGACAGAUACUGGUCAGCAGCCAAGUUCCAGGAACUUCUGAUGCAGGUCAACUACAACAACGUCAAGCCGGAGGAACAGAAGGUGGAAAAAGAAUACAUGAACUGGUGGUGUCCUGUGGCUGAAGUCAUUAAGAUAGAAAAGAAGGACGUAAAGGCGAUGACGGCCGCCAGUCAGCAGAAACAAGCGGAGGUUGAGUCUGGAGCAGCCUCUCCUGAUGUGUUCAUCUCCUACCAGUGGGGAAAACAGAAGCAGGUUCAGCUCAUGUACAAGCGCCUGACUGAGAUGGGCUUCACCGUCUGGAUGGACAUCUACCAAAUGGGAGGUGGGGACUCCCUCUAUGACAAAAUUGACAAGGGCGUGCGGGGGGCAAAGAUCGUGCUCACGUGUGUCACCUCAAAGUAUUCUCUGUCAGCCAACUGCAGGAGGGAAGUCAGUCUCGCUGAUGCCCUCAAGAAACCAAUAGUGCCUCUGUUGCUGGAGAAGAUGACAUGGCCACCAUCUGGCCCGAUGAGCAUGGUGUUCACUCAGCUUAUGUACAUAACCUUUGCCAAGGAUGAAUCUGUUCAGGAAAGAUGGGAUGGAGAAAAGUUUGAUGAACUAUUGACCAAAUUAGAUCAAUACGUGCCGAAUAUUAUUGUGUCAGGUGAUGAGGAACCUGUUCCGUCCACUGAAGUUGAUACUGGCGACACACCAGAAAAAAAGAAGUCAAGAUGCUGCUUGAUAUUGUAGAAACACAUUUAGCCUUUCCUGAACACCUGAUUUCAUCAUUGUUUUCAGUGAACCAUUAAUAAAGGUUUUACUGCCAAUUUGCCGUGUACGCCCAAUAGAAUCAGUUUCAGCGGAGAAUCGUUAUUCUCUGGCUCUGAUGUUUAUAUUUGGUAGCAAACUGUGAUAAACUGUAGAACAUGAUGUCCGAUAUUCACUUGGAAUCUUCAAUUAAUGUUUCCCUUUUUGUGUCAAUUGUUGCAAGUGUAAACUUAUCAACACAGAAGGCUUAUCUUUUUGUGUGUAGGGGCGGUCGUGGUUAAAACGUUCGCUCGUCACGCCGAAGACACUGGUUCGAUUCCUGACAUUGGUACAAUGUGUGCCCAUUUCCGGUGUCCCCGCCGUGAUAUUGCUGGAAUAUUGCUAAAAGCGGCGUAAAACCACACUCACUCACUCUGAUUACUGUAGUUACGUUAACAUUGUUUACCGACACUUCAAGAAGGUGUCAAUAGUGAGCUGAACACUACUAAAUUGUGAUUCAUCUAUAGCAGGACACAUACCAGGCUGUACAUAAUAUGUUAAUUGAUCUUCAUCUUGUUAUAUUGAAACCUUAUAAAAUCCCAUGGUUUUGUUAUGUUCAUGAGAGUAUUGCACAACCGGGAUGAAUAUUCUACAUGUAGAAAUACCAUUACUUAUUUCCUAUUGACAUGUGCUGCGCUUGUACGGUAACAGAAAUGUUAUUAAUGUUAGAGUGAGUAUAACACAUAUGAUAUAUGAUAUGAGAUAACCAUUUUGAUCAUGUUUGCGAAGUUUUGAUGGAUAUGUUGAUAGUCUAAAAGCGUAUUUGUGAUUAUGAAUUGUGAUAUUACUGGGUGCUGAAUGUAAAUACUUACCUUUACUUCUGCACAGUACGCACACGUGGGACCCGUGAAGAUCCGGGAUAGAAUAGGUCUUCAGCAACCCAUGUACCCGUGAAGAUCCGGGGUAGAAUAGGUCUUCAGCAACCCAUGUACCCCUGAAAAUACG